AGAUUCGUAUGUAACGAUAUUCUACGGAACAACGGAUGCAAAGUCGAUAGCAUCGUUACACGCUGUGGUCGAUAACCGAUUGUGCAUCGUUCUUUUCGAAGCGAGAAAUUGAACUUCGAUAUCUAUAAAAUAAUUCACCGAACCUCGCGUUCCGUGAUAUCGGGAGUAUCCGCGGCAAAUUUGUUAUCGCGCGGAUAUCGUUAUAACGUACAAAUAAAUUUUCUUAACGGGAAAUUGUAUCGUUUAACCGUAACAUUUUAAAUUAUGCAACUAAAGUCCACCAUUUUGAUACGGAUAUGAGAAUUCGUGGAUAAUAGAUAAUAUAUAUCGAGAAUAUAUCAAAUACAUUCUAUGGUGUAUCAAAGACGAUACAUGCCGGUAGUUAUGCAUUUCAGAAUAUAAUCAUGGAAAGUAAAUCGUUAACGGUCUCAAACAGUAGCAAAUCUACUGCAACGGACGAAACCAAGAGUGAAAUGCAUAUGGUUCUCGCCAAAAUGAUGGAAGAGAAACAUACGUAUACUUAUAAAAAGUUAGUUGUACCAAUGUCAAUGAGAAGUAUAUAUUGGAAAUUUUUUGGAUUUCCUGCCACUGACGACGGUGAUAUUCUUACUAAGGUGAAAAUUGUUUGUAUAUUAUGUAAGACACAAAUUGCGUAUAAUCGUAACACCAGUAAUUUACGAAUGCAUCUGCAAAAUAAACAUGCCCAAGAGCUGUUGGAAUUGGAAGCGAAUACACCACCCCGUAGACAGGUUCUUUCGCAAGAGGCAAAGGAUCGUAGAGCACAAAAGAGAAAAAUAAAAGCCGAAUUAACUUCGGCUCAACAUAUAUAUACCACUAAUGCUGACGGUACAGUCCAAAUUGACGGAGACAUUCAAUUUGUAACAGAUCCUAAUAUCAGUUUGUCUAAUAUGGAAGAUGAUAUUGCUAUUGGUCAACCAUUGAGAGUGAUGAUCAAAGGUGGUACAAAUAUAGGUAAUAACAGUCAAAAUGUAGCAUUUCUCAUGCCAGAAGAUAAUACAGUGCAUCAAUCUAGUAUAGACGGUAAAACGGUAUCAGAUGCUAUCGCUGAAUUCAUUAUAAUGGAUCUACAAUUACCGGAAGUGGUAGAAGGUCACGGAUUUCAAAGGCUUGUGGCUACUUUAAGAUCACCUUGUGAAAUUCCUAGUAAAAAUAAACUAGAGGAAGAAAUAAUACCAAAAAUUUAUGAUACUUUUCGUGAGUCUGUGGCAGCUACGUUAGCGUGCAUGAGCAAUGAUGUUGGUUUGACGAUUGAGGAAUGGAAAUCAAAUUCUAAUGAAAGUUUCGUGACCGUAUCGGUGUAUUAUCAAAAUGCCGGUGAAACUUCGUUAGAAUGUAAAGUUUUAAGUAGUAUACAUGCACCUUUAGACUGGGAUAAACAUCAGUGGAGUAAUACGAUCGAUACUUUGUUACUUGACUGGUAUCUCAAAGUUGAAAGAAUAACAGCAGUGGUUGUGGCGACAUCCAGAUCAGAGUUAUUAGCAGCAUUAUCGGCUAAGGGUUUGACGUUGAUUCCAUGUCUCCUUCAUACGUUACAAGUCUGUGCACAAGCCUGUUUUGAAAAUCCAGAAGUAGCUAGUAUAUUAUCAAAAUGUAGAACUGUUAUUGGAGCUAUCAUAAAUCAUUCGACCGCUUCCGCGGCUUUGGCUAUGCAAGAACAAAUUAUGGAGCUGGAGGAGAACACUAUGGUGAUGGAUUAUCCUGGCGUUUGGACAUCUACUUACAAUAUGAUGGAGCAAAUUGCGCUAAGACGCAAUAUCAUUUCAUCUAUAUUGGAAAGUAUAGAAGGCAAUGAACCGGAAGUUAUUGAUCUAUCCCCUGAUCAAUGGAAAAUAGUCGAAGACCUUGUUAAUGUUCUUGAACCAUUCAAGGUCACUAUUAUGACACUCAGCGAAGAAAAAAUGCCUUUGAUAUCGCUUUUAAGGCCAUUACUCUGGCAACUUGUGUCGUCUCAUCUUAAAGUAAAAGAUUCUGACAGUGAAACUGCAAGAUCUUUUAAAGAAUCUUUGUCAGAUAUGCUGUGUGAACGGUAUGCCGAUUACAAUGUUACUCUCCUUCUUCAAAUUGCAACUACGUUAGAUCCAAGGUUCAAGCAGUUGCCAUAUGCCACGGAAGAAGACAAAAGUUUAGUUGCAACCCCAAUAAAAGAAAUGUUGACAAAAUUAAUACAAGCGGAAAGCGGAGAUUCGAUCAAAGUUGAAGAAGAACCAACAAGUAAGAAGAGCAGAUUAUCAGGUAUGGAACUCUUACUCGGUGGCUUGUGUGCGACGAAAAAUGGAAUGCCAGCUGAAGAAAAAGCUGAUCUCGAAUUAGUACAAUAUCAAUCAGAAUCGACAGCGCCCCUUGACUAUUGCCCUUUGCAGUGGUGGGCCAAAGUAUCAGCAAAGUGUCCAAAUCUUGCAAAAUUAGCAUGUAGGUAUAAUUGUGUCCCCGCUUGUUGUGCUCCGCCAGCUCGUAUUCCUGCAGAAGUACAAGUUUUAUACGAUACAAGACGAGCUGCAUUACCACCUCAUUUAGUUGAUAAAUUACUUUUCCUUCAUGGCAACCAUACAGUGUGAUUAGACUUAUAUAUUGCUUAUAUGAUUUUGAGAAUAUCAAUAAAUGAUGCCAUUCGGAGAGAUUAUCUUGUAAAUAGAAUCGGAUAUAUUAUAACGAUUAAACGUAUAAUAUUAAAACUAGAUAAAUAUAGCGAUAUAAAUUGCACUUAUGUGAUACGUGAUAGACGUGUUUUCACUUUUUAAAAAAAAAUGCAAUACAGUAUCAACAUCAGAUUAAUGUUGAAAUAUACAAUUCAGAAAAGUAACAAAAACGAUUUUUGCAGCUUUUACGAAGAUAUAUAAUUAUUAUUUGACCAAAGUCUGAUGUGUAUUUUAAUAUUUCAAUAUUACACGAGGAGAACCAAAAAGUAUUUUGAAGUUAAUUGUAUUAUAGUAUUGUAAAUUUAUUAAUAUGUAUUAUAUAUAUAUAUUGCUAUAUUACUUAUUUCAUCAGUCACGGUACAUUUUCAUCAAAAUACGAUAAUAACAUUGUCGUAAUAUUAAAAAGACUAGAUUUUCUGUAAUUUAAAAAGUCUCAUAAAAUAUAAGAUUUUUCUAACAUGUAUGAAAUACUGUAAUUUGUACAAACUGGUCAAAAUAGAAUUAAAACUCGAUUGCAUUGAGUCGUUAACGUGUACAUAUAAUGUUAAAAGAAAAAAAGAAAAAAAGGAAAAAAAAAAUACAAUUUUUUUAUACAUUAUCUAUACUUUGUGAUAUAAGAUAUAAACUCAAUGCCACAAUUUAUUACAAUAUACAAGAUAUUCAAUAAAUAGUUUAUAUACAGAAUGUUAUGAUUUGCUUGCCAAAGCGUAUAACAUUUAAAAAAUUACCAUUUUCUGCAUUAUGAUUAUGCAUUUUUCUUAUUAACUUUUUGCUUCAAUUUCUCAUAUAUUGUUCAACUUUUAUUUACAACAAUCUCAGAUUCUGUUUUGAAUAGGUAGGAAUUUAAUGUAAUAAUAUUUUAAUAUAGCUACUUGUAGCAACGAAUAAUCACAUAUAAAAGAAUAUAAAACCUCAAUAUUAUUACAUAAAAAGCUCUCAUACACAAUUUUAUUAUGAAUUAGCGUUAUAUCAUUAUGGUUCAUAAUACGUUUUAAUAAUUUAUUUUUUAUAAGUAAGCGUUUAUAUCACAGCACAUUUAAAUAGCAAUAGGUUAGAAUAUAUUGAUACUUCAAAUCAAUUAAGUCAAUAAUUUUGUUCGAAAAUUGUAUUGAUUAAAAAAGUUAUGUGAUGUAAAAAAAAAAGCAAUAUUUGAUAAUGAUUGGUUUUUAUGUUGUACAUAAAUAUCAACUAAAAUUAUAAAUUUUAUGUUCUACGUGAUAUUAAGUAACGAAUGUAAGGAAAAACAAAAACGUACGUAUAGAUAUAAAAAAAUUGAUAUUUUCUAUCGUACGUAAUACACGAUUAUAAAUCAAAUUACAUACUACUGUACAAAGUGGACUCAAAAUAGUAACAAGUAAAUAAUCUUGUUUUAUCAUAUAAUUAAUUAUGUUAUUUAUGUUAAUAAUUGUGUUAAUAGUAUAGUUUAUGUUAAUAGUAUAAGUAUGUUAUAUAAUUAUGUUAAUUAUGUUAUUAUCAUAAUUAAAUCAUGUGCUAAUAUUUAAUUAGAAAAUUAGUCAGCUUAGAGUUAUGAAUAAAUUUUAAGAAACUACCAAAAUGAUUUUGGUCUAUAAGAAGAAUAGUACAUGCGAAUAGUUUUUACUUUUGUUAUUAUUGAUUGAAAAUGCACAAUAUCUCUUUCUAUUUCUCAUAGUAAUUUUAGAUUAUGAUUGACAAACGCAUAUUCGAUGCAUUCAUAAAAAAAUAUUUGAGCCUUAGUACCUCAUGAUUAUUAACAUUAAAAGCAUGAUCAACUACCUGUUACUAAAAGACUACCUCACCAAAAUUGUAAAAUAUUUUAGUACAACUUAGAGCUUUGUUUUAAGUAAUAAAACAAAAGUAAAUUAUA